AUGCACGACCACGCCCCAUCCGCGGCAUUACAGCCAUGUAGGCUCACCCUCCUUGACUUACCAGUAUCCAUCAUCUAUGCGAUCGUGGACAAGCUCUUCGAGAACAGCUUCUACCAAGAUUACAAAGGCUACAUCACGAAUAAAAGCGGAUAUGAUAUGAGAGAAUACAUCGACACAGGGCGACACCAGACCUACGGAGCCUUCGACCACUGGAAAGACUUGGCUCGAAUGGCAGCAUCUUGCAAAUCAUUCUACAACAUCAUUACCCCCAUUCUAUACCGACGAGAUGUCCAAUUCAACCAUUCAUCGGCACUCCUGCUCUCGGCCAAGAAGGGAAAUCUUGACGGGAUUCUCAAGUCAAUCGACCUUGGACACGCCGAUCUCAACAUGGAAGACCAUACAGACUUUGUGGAGGACGAGGACAUUGACUGCCGUUCCUACGGUGUCGAGGAUCGUUGGAGAGAGGGUGUCACUUCCACUCUCACCGCUCUGCAUCUGGCUGCAUACCAUGCGCAUCCUGUUGUCGUUGACUUCUUGCUGAAUAAUGGCGCUGAUGUGCAACGGAGAGCCCACAUAGGGCCCAAAGCUCGACCUGAGCGAAUGUUUGUUCAUCAGCAAGUUUACAUGUUCGCCCAUACAUCGGAUGAGUAUGGUGUCAUCUGCAAUGAAGGCGAGACUUCACCUCCCUUCGGGGCAAACGCCCUGUUCUUUGCUUUGAAAGCAGGCCGAUAUCUGUCGCCAAGGAAGCGCUAUGUUGUACAGCCCGACACGAGUGGUAUCCGUUUUCAAAUGGCGAAGCAACUCAUUCAGUCCGGUGCGUCGCUCAUCACACGAACCCGCGGAGAUGUUCAUGCGUUGCACCAGGCUUGUGCGUACCUGGACUUGGAUGUGGCAGAAUUCCUUGUGGGAGAGCUUGGGGUCGACCCAAACGUCAGGGAUAGUGAUGGUAACACUCCGUUGCACUUCAUGGCAAUGAACCUCGACGACUGGAACCUGGAGAAAGUCAAACAUGAACGGGAACACCUGCAUGCCAUGUUUUGGUAUUUGGUAGGAAAGGGGGCGGACAUUGAUGCGGCGAAUCACGCUGGGGAGAAACCCCUCCACCUCUCGCUGUACAGAAGAGCUGGCAUUGACUUGGCUUGUCUUCUGAUCGAGAGAGGGGCCGAGUUUGACGCGGAUGCAAAUAGGCUGUAUGAAGGAGGCCAUAUCUCCGACGCGGAUCAACGGCGCAUUUACACAGCAUUUUGGGGCGAGGAUGGGCAGAUUGUCCCAUUUGGGACAGACUCGGACCCUACAUGCUCACAGGCAGGCUAG